AUGAACUCGCUGCUCUUCGGAGAGAUGGCCCGCGCCUUCUCCCCCGCUGCCGCCGCCGCCGCCGCCUCCUGCCCUCUGGGCCCCGGCGGCGCAGGCGGUCCCGGCAGUUCAGCGGCGGCAGCGGCGGGGGGUCCGCCGGUAACGGCGGCUCUUCGUAACGACUUGGGCUCCAACAUCCACCUGCUGAAGGGACUGAACGUGCGGUUCCGCUGCUUCCUGGCCAAGGUCCAUGAGCUGGAGCGGCGGAACCGGCUGCUGGAGAAGCAGCUGGCGGCCCAGCAGAGCGAACGCGACCGCCGCCUCCGGUACAAGACCUUCUCCCGCGACCAGGCCGUGCAGACCGACUCCGGUACCUCGCCGCUGCUGCUGCCGCCUGGCCCCGGCCACGGGCUGGCCGCCGCUCCCCUCGCCUCGCCCCCCCACUACAGCCGCUUGCCCGGUACCAUCUGGAGCUACACCCAGGUGCGGCGAACCGGAGGCGGCGGGUUGGAGACGGUGCAGGGGCCCGGUGUCUCCUGGAUCCAUCCCGACGGCGUCGGAGUCCAGAUCGACACCAUCACCCCCGAGAUCCGAGCCCUUUACAACGUGCUGGCCAAAGUCAAGCGGGAGCGGGAUGAGUACAAGAGAAAGUGGGAAGAGGAACUGACAAGGAGGAUGAGCCUGGAAUCGAUGGUAGAAACCUUGCGAGAGGAGGCGCAGGAGGCGGAAGCUCUGCAGGAGGAGUUGAACGAAAAGAUUGAGAGGCUGAAAGCAGAACUUGUGGUCUUUAAGGGUCUGAUGAGUGAUCCCAUGACAGACCUGGACACAAAGAUUCAAGAAAAGGCCAUGAAGGUGGACAUGGACAUCUGUCGGCGAAUCGAUAUCACAGCCAAGCUGUGCGAUGUAGCGCAGCAGCGCAACUCUGAAGACGUUUCCAAGAUAUUCCAGGUGGCUUCCAAGAAGAAGGAGCGCAAGCUGACGUCUGACGAUGACCUCUCUGAGCAGGAUGGAGACAAUGGCAGGUUCUCUGAUGAUGAGGUCAGCUGUUCCUUGAACAUCACAGAUGAAAUGAAGAGGAUGUUUAAUCAGCUUCGUGAGACCUUCGACUUCGACGACGACUGCGACAGUUUGACCUGGGAGGAGAACGAGGAGACCUUGCUGCUGUGGGAGGACUUCACCAACUGCAACCCUUCCAUCGACCUCCAAGGAGAGGAAGAAAACCUGGGAAACUUGAUCCAUGAAACAGAGUCUUUCUUUAAAACAAGAGACAAAGAAUACCAAGAAACAAUAGGGCAGAUAGAGCUGGAACUGGCCACGGCCAAGAGUGACAUGAAUCGGCACCUUCACGAAUACAUGGAAAUGUGUAGCAUGAAAAGAGGCCUGGAUGUGCAAAUGGAAACCUGUCGGAGGCUUAUCAAAGGCUCAGCUGACAGAAAUUCUCCAUCUCCCAGCUCUGUAGCCAGCAGUGACUCAGGAAACACAGAUGAAAUUCAGGAUGACUUGGACAGAGAGACGGACGUGGAGCCCAUGGUCAGCUGA